AGGGAUAUGGGACCUAGAUGGCGUCACUCGAAACGUUGUUUGUAAUUUGUCAUACAAUAUUGAAUGGAGUCGACCUACCUAAGGUAAAGGUAGGUACCUAGGUAGAUAUCAAGGUAUCUUAUGCCUUCAAUAUUCAUAGCUUCUACAGCCUACUGUGAUAUAUAAAGUGCCUCUUAUAUCCCCUCAAUAAUUGAUUUGUUUUCUGCUAAACAAACAAAUCAUUCUACCUUAUACCACCAAUUCCACCCUGAUCACUUAUACAACACUCGACCAAUAAUCGCAAAAUGGCUCCCAAGAUCUUCCUUACUGGUGCAACUGGUUAUAUCGGCGGCGAUGCCCUCUACUCGCUAAACAAAGCCCACCCGGAGUACGAGUACACUCUACUCAUCCGGAAUGAGGAGCGCGGAAAACCAGUCGCCGCCGCCUACCCCAAUGCCCGCUUAGUCUACGGCACACUCGAUGACACCGACGUUAUUGAGAAAGAAGCCGCCGCAGCGGAUGUUGUAGUUCACACAGCUGACUCGGCGGAUAACGUCCCGUCCGCAAAGGCCAUCGCCAAAGGUCUUGCGGCGGGGCACUCGGCCGAAAAGCCGGGCUACUGGAUCCACCUCUGCGGAACGGGCAUCCUGACCUGGUACGAUGCGGACCACAAGCGGUACGGGCAGGCCCCUUUGCCAGAGCAGCGAUACCACGACAUCGACGACAUCGAGCGCAUCGUCUCGCUGCCUGACAGCGCCAUCCACCGGAACGUGGACAAGAUCGUGCUCGGCGCGAACACAGCGUCGCCCGCCGUGAAGACGCUCAUCGUCGGACCCCCCACCAUCUACGGCACCGGCCGUGGGCCCGCCAACCAGCGCAGCAUCCAGGUACCAGGGCUCAUCGAGUACACCCUGACGAACGGGCACGCGCCCAUCCAGGCCCCGGGCCUAACCGAGUGGGACAACGUGCACAUCCACGACCUCGGCGCCUUCUUCGUCCUCGCCGUCGAGGCCGCGCUCGACCCCGCCAAGAACAGCAACCCCGAGAUCUUCGGGCCAACCGCCUACUUCUUCCUCGAGAGCGGCGUGCACAAGUGGAGCGACGUCGCGCGCUGGGUCGCCGACGAGGCCGCCCGGCAGGGGCUCAUCCCCAAGCCUGCCACCAAGGAAGUCGACGCCCCGCGCUACGGCGCCAACUCCAAGAGCGUCGCCGCGAGGGCGAGGAAGUAUCUUGGCUGGGCGCCCAAGAGCCCCAGUCUGAAGGAUGAGACUGAGGCGGCGGUGGCGUUUGAGGCGAAGAGGUUGGGACUAAAAGCUUGAAAGUCGAAUUCGAUUAGGAGCUCGGAGGAGAGGUUUUUAAGUUGGCUUGCUGCUGGUUUCGCUUUACGAUGUUUUCAAGUUAGGUAGGUAGUUGUCAUGCCAAUUAUUGGUAGGUUAGGUACCUAGCUAAUCUAUCAUUCACGCCCAUGACAUGAAUAU